UGGGUUCUGCACUAGCUAGACCAACUUCCAAAAAACUCAUGAGAAAUAAAAAACUUCCUAGAGGAAGAAAUGUCAAGAAAGUCCCUAAGAAACAGAAGAAUUAUACUCUCGGUUAUCUCUUCAGAGCUUGGCUUAACAGCAAGUCAAAAAGAUCAAAAUAUCGCAGGCGUAGUCGUUACUCCAACUACGAUUGGGAUUAUGAACGUAUCAAGAACAAGAGGUACUGGACUGACGAACAAAAUUCUAAACCAAAAGCCAACAAAUCUAAUACUAAAGCUGCUGGUCUAGAGAAUAUUACAACCUCUUCAGUGUCUGAAGCCUAUAACAACUCCAGUGCUGAUCUUGAUCAUCAUGAAGAAGAGAAAGACGCUGCCCACCAGCCAGAUCAUGUGGCUGAAGAAGGCUCAAGUGAAAAUGAAUGGAAGGGCUGGAGCGGCUGGAGAGGGCUGGGUGAUGAGGACGGAAGUAGCUGGAAGGAUAGUGAGGAGAAUGGGAAUGACCAGGCGAGGAAUAGUGAGGUUGAAAGUGAUGAGCUAGAGGAUGACCAGAUUGAGAGUGAUGAACCUGAAAGUGAUGAGUUUGGCAGUGACGAGUUUGGCAGUGACGAGUUUGGCAGUGACGAGUUUGGCAGUGACGAGUUUGGCAGUGAUGAGUUUUGGAGUGAUGAACAAUGGAGCGAUGAGCCUGAAAGUGAUGAGCCUGAAAGCGAUGAGCCUGAAAGUGAUGAUUUUGAAAGCGAUGGACCAGAGAGUGAUCCUGAAAGUGAUUAA